AUGGGUGUUAACAUUGGAGAACUUGGCACACCAUGUCAUACCACAUUUCGAAGUGUCAAAGCGCACAUACGUGCAGAAGUCCAGUUGCCGGACGAAGUCUUGAAAGGGUAUGGUGGCGACUUGACUGGCCUUCUGCGACCCGACCUUUACUUACGAAUGCUUGAGGCGAUACCUCCGGGAACCAUUGAGUUCAAUCGCGGGAUAACAGCGAUCGAAGACAAUGGUGACUUUAUCAAGCUCCUUUUUCCGGAUGGGACAAGUUUCGAAACUGCCCUUCUGAUUGGGGCAGACGGCAUUGAUUCUAUCAUCCGUCAACGUCUCUGGGGCGAACCUCCGAAACGAGCUCAUAAUUUGCGAAUAGUCGGUGGAGUCACAUUUAACGAAGAAGUCGCCACGGCGCAGAAUGAGGUAACCUAA